AACAAAAAAAAAACUAGUAGUACUACAAUCCAACGCUCGGCAAAACAAUCUGAGUGACUGAGAAAGAUUCCACGGCGGUGCAAGUGACUUCACCACCAUACACACCGAAGCUAUUCUGCAAAUCCAUUUUCCCUUAACGGUCCCAAUUUUCAAUCGGCUCCUAAUUUCUCAGCUUAAUUUCAUUUCCAUUUGGUGGAUUUUGCCGCGCCUCCAUCCAUGGAAGCCACCGAUAACUCAUCAGAAUCCACCGUUACAAAUGGUUCUCAAAGACUACCUGGUAUGGUUAAUUGGGGCACAGCAACGGUUAUUGCAAUGUUUGCAGGCAUGUUAUAUGGUGGUAGCAGAGAGGCGUCUUCUUCUGUUAGCAAGGAUGCAGAAGUGAUGUUGAAACUUGGGAGCACAGAAGAUAAACGAGCCCAAUAUCGAUUGAUGAGAGAUGCAAUGGAGAAACGGUUCAUUCGAGUUACACGAGGCGCACUGGUUGGAGGGGUACGGCUUGGAAUGUUCACUGCUGCAUUUUAUAACAUACAAAAUCUUCUUGCAGAGAAGCGAGGAGUGCAUGAUGUUUUCAAUGUUGUGGGAGCUGGAUCAGCCACUGCAUCAGCUUUUGGUUUAAUAAUGCCAGGAUCUUUUCGUUGGCGCGCAAGGAAUAUGGCACUAGGAUCAGUACUGGGAGCAGCAUUUUGUUUUCCUCUUGGUUGGAUCCAUUUGAAGAUGGUAGAAAUAGCUAAUGAAGGGGAGGCACAUUCAGAUCAGAGAGAAGUAAAGAGUGGGGUUAGUGCUGCAAUUGAGAGACUUGAAGGAAAUUUAAGAAAAUGAAAGAAAGCUGUUGUUAUGUGUGACAUCAUACCCCUUGCACCUCUUGCCAUUUUUAUUUUCUCAGAGAAGGGUGUAAUAUAUAGUGCUGGGCAAUGGGGAAAGCAUUUCAAAUGCUACUCAUAUCCUCUUCGUAGGAAAGUUAGUUCUAAUUCAGGAAUUUAGCGUCGGGUUUUUUGAGUUGAGAUUGGCCAUCUGUUAGGUUUUUUCAUAUAUUCUUGUGGCUCACAACCAAAAAGAGAAGGAAAACUCUAUUACAACUGGCAUUAUGAGAAAACAAAAUCAAUGCAUAAGCAGAUUGAGCAAUGCACUUUAAGGGCAUUUGAAAGAGUAUCCUAUGCUUUUUUUUUAAUAAUAAUGUAAACACUUGUGGAAGAGUAUGGUGAAAGAGCUUGUGAUAUUAAGUACAAACGUUUACUUAGAGCUUA